AUGAGUUCUAGAGACCAAAGUCAAGGCGCUGGCAGGUCCCAGCGCUACAUCUCUUUACCCGACCCAAUCGAAGAAGAAAACCUUCUUCAGGGAUCAGAUGAUGACCGAAGACAGAAGGCCUUCCAAAUGGAAUACCAAAUGCAGAAGGCCUACCAAAUUGAGGACGCCAAACGCGAUGCCGAGCUCCGGCAGCGUGAACAUCGCGAAGCUCUCCAGCGACAAGCCGAAGAAGCCUAUCAAGACAACUUACACUGGACGGGCGCCGGGUGGGAUCAGAUACAACCAGUGUCUCCCAAGCCACCCCUUGAAAGAGUAAGGACAUUGCCAGAAUCCCACAAUCCAUGGGACGCUUACUCUGAGGCGCUUAGUAACCGUAGAGAGGAGAUGGCGUUCAUGAAGACCAUGAAGCGUCUGAUGCUGGUCCUCCUCGGAAAAGAUGUUCCCCCUCUGCCUCCAAAGCCCCAGAGGCCCUAA